AUGCAAUCACUCUUAUUUGAACGGUUCACACUGCAAAUCUCUCCAUAUGAGUUCGCCACCACAGUUGCAGAAAGCUACUAUACCAGUUUCUCGCAAGAUACAGGGACAGGCUUUCCUGACCGCUGCCAUAAUAAUGCCGCUGUGAAUAGCAUAGCAGCCGAAUCUCUAGAUUAUAGAUAUGUCAUUAGUGGGUGUGCUGACUCAACUAUGAAGCUAUGGGACGUCAAUGUGACUGAUGAUAAGAGUAACUAUCAAUGUAUAGCCUCAAUACCGAAAAAGAGUGCUCAUAAGUUUGGUGUCUCUUGUGUGGAAUGGUGGCCGCAAGAUACCGGGAUGUUCGUGUCGGCGUCAUUCGAUCAUACUGUCAAGGUUUGGGAUACAAAUGUACUCGAGGUUGCACACGAAUUUGACAUGACUGGAAGAGUGUACUCGUUUGAUAUUUCUGCAUCUCAAGCCCUCGUAGCUGUUGCAAUUGACCACCCGCAUGUGAGACUUGUUGAUCUUAGAUCAACUGCCAGUUCGCAUACCCUUCCGGGCCAUAGAGGGAAAACUUUAAGUGUCAAGUGGCAUCCUCAUAUGGAGAACGUAGUGGCCACGGGCGGUUUCGACGGGGAAAUCAAAUUAUGGGAUAUUCGUCGCAGCAACAGCUGUAUUGCCCGACUAGACAUGCUUCGUACCAGUGAAAAGGGCACAUCUUCGGCCUCAACAAGAAAUGAGGUGCCCGUAAGAGCACACCUGGCGCCUGUAAACGGUUUAGUAUGGGAUCUGAUGGGCCAAUUGCUAUUGUCUGCUGGUAAUGACGACAAGAUCAGAGUAUGGGAUUUGUUGUCAAAUCUGGCUCCUCCAAUCAACAAACUCAUCAAUUUCGGACCACUCACAAGAAACAAGUACCCACAAAACAUUCCAAUGCUACUCAAUUCACACCAGGAGACAGAGCUUUCGUACCUACUUUUUCCUUCCGAUUCGGGCGAUAUAUUUGUGUUUCGGAUCAUUGAUGGGAAGAUGGUUUCGAGGCUCAAACGAAAAACAAAUAGCGACAAGCCUACGUCCGCCAGAACUUCUGCAAUGGCUUUGGGUGCGCCGUUUCAAGGUCAGUUCUAUGGCGGUACUCUCGAUGGUGAGAUUCUCACUUGGUCCGCCUCAUUUGAAGUUCCGGACCCCGAGACCGUUUUUGAGCGGUUUACUACAGAGCCACCAGCUGAAGAUUUGUCAAAGCUUAGAGAAGACGCCGUUCGCUUACUUGGCUCCGAUGUGCUCAAAUGA